UCGCUUCUCUUUCCCGCGUCCGUCCACCGCGCCGAUGCCUUCUGCUCCUCCUCCUCACACUCCACUCGCCGCCCCGACCGCCGCCGUCUCCGUCACCUGCUCCUACCGGGAGGACGAUGACGGCGCCGCCUCGUGGUCGCUCUCCUCCGGCGCGCCCUCCUCCUCGCCGUCGUCGUCGCGGGGGCGCCGCCCGCCGCCGUACCGGCGGCUCCUCCACGACGAGGCGCGGCGCCUCCGCCAGGAGCGCCGCGGCCAGGGCGCCGGCGCCGAAACGCCCUGGUGGGUGCGCCGCAGCGAGGGCCAGAUGGCCCGGUACGUCGAGGACGACCGCGCCGGCCACGUCCACGGCCGCCACGUCGUCGCCGCAGCCCGCGCCGCACGCGCCACCGCGUCCCGCCCACCCGCCGGUGGGUCCACCAUGCGGGAGGCCAUGGCCUCCUUCGUCGCCAAGCUCACCUUCCGCGAGAUGUGCGUCGUCCUCCGCGAGCAGCGCGGGUGGCGCCAGGCCCACGAUUUCUUCUCGUGGAUGAAGCUCCAGCUGUGCUACGAGCCCAGCGUGGUCGCCUACACCAUCCUCCUCAAGGCGUAUGGCAACGCCGGCAAGAUCGAGCUCGCCGAGGAGGCGUUCCUGGAGAUGCUCGAGGCCGGCGUGGAGCCGGACGCGGUGGCGUGCGGCACCCUGCUGUGCGCGUACGCGCGCCAGGGAAGGCACGGCGACAUGAUGCUCUUCUACGCCGCGACGCACAGGCGCGGCGUGGCGCCGCCCGUCUCCGCCUUCAACUUCAUGCUCUCCUCCCUGCAGAAGCACAGGCUCCACGGCAAGGUGAUCCACCUCUGGAAACACAUGAUGGAAAUGGAAGAAGCCAACAAUGUGGUGCCAAAUCACUUCACAUACACAGUUGUGAUCGGUUCAUUUGUCAAGGAGGGUCUCCUGGAGGAGGCCAUGGAUGUCAUGGGGAAGAUGAGGGCCUCCCGACUCGUCCCGGAGGAGGCGACGUACAGUUGCCUGAUCAGCUUGAGUUCCAGGCAUGGCAGAGGGGAGCAGGUUGUGAUGCUCUAUGAGGAGAUGAGGGCUCAUGGCAUUGUCCCCAGCAACUACACCUGUGCAUCCCUCCUGGCAUUCUAUGACAAGAGUGAGGACUACUCGAAGGCGUUCUCGCUCUUCUCGGAGAUGGAGCGAAGCAGGGUUGUCAUUGAUGAGGUCAUCUAUGGGAUCCUCAUUAGGAUCUAUGGUAAGAUCGGGCUCUACGACGAUGCGCAGCGCACUUUCGAGGAAAUCGACAGUGCGGGUCUUCUGAGUGAUGAACAGACUUAUGUGGCAAUGGCUCAAGUUCACAUGAAUGCUCGCAGCUAUGAUAAGGCAUUGCAGGUUUUGGGUUUGAUGAGGUCGAGGAAUGUGAAGCCUUCAUCGUUCUCUUACGGCGCUCUUCUUCGAUGCCAUGUCGCGAGGGAAGACCUAGCUGCAGCUGAAGAUGUCUUCAGAGCUCUGUGCAAAUAUGGCCUCCCUGAUGUGUUCUGCUGCAAUGACCUACUGAGAUUAUAUGUCAAGCUGGGCCAACUAGAGAAGGCAAGUGCAUUCAUUCUGAAGAUGAGAAAAGAAAAUAUCCAGCUUGAUGAGGCCCUCUGCAUGACUGUAAUGGAAGUUUGCUGCAAAAGUGGGAUGAUCGCCGAUGCGGAUAAGAUAUUGAAAGAGAUGAACAAUGGUGGAGUGACCAUGAAGAGUUCAACAAUGGUUUCUAUGAUAGAGAUGUAUGCUAAAAACAGAACCAGUGUAAUGCAGGAACAAGAUAGUUCGUCGAAGGCACUGGCCUAUCGGACCGACGGUUCGGCACUGAACGCGACGUUGAAGUCAUUGUUGGACACACCUGGGGGUUCGUCCAUCGCAUGCCAAUUGAUCAGAAAAUUGGCUAGGGAAGGGAGGACAUGUGAGGCGAAAUUCCUUCAUGAACAGCUGAUUCAGUUGGGAGUCAAGCCUGAAGAUUCUGCAACAGCUACUCUCAUUGUCCAAUAUGGCCAGGAACAGAAGUUACAUCAAGCAGAGGAACUGUUUGAGUCGGCAUCGACACCAUUUCCAAUAGGAGGGCCUGUCUACAAUGCCAUGGUCGAUGCAUUAUGCAAGUGCGGCAAUAUCGAGGAGACGUAUCAUCUCUUUAUGAAAAUGGCUGAUCAAGGCCAUAGCAGAGAUGUUGUGACAAUUAGCAUACUUGUCACUCACCUGACCAAACGUGGAAAGUUUCAGGAGGUGGAGAACAUCAUACAUGGCUGCUUCCACGGUGAAGUUGAGCUUGAUACUGUUGCCUAUAAUACAUUUAUCAAGUCGAUGCUCGAGUCAGGCAAACUAUACUCAGCUGUCAACAUAUAUGAUCGCAUGAUAUCCACUGGGGUUCCUCGGUCCUUGCAGACUUUCAAUAUAAUGAUAAGUGUUUAUGGCCUAGGAGGAAAGCUGGACAAGGCUGCUGAAAUGUUUGCUGCUGCACAAGAGCUAGGCUUACUGAUCGACGAGAAGAUAUACACCAACAUGCUUAACUUCUAUGGAAAGGCUGGGAGGCAUCAGGAGGCGUCUUCACUAUUCGAUAGAAUGAAGGAAGUUGGUAUCAUGCCUGGAAAGAUCAGUUUCAACUCCAUGAUCAAUGCCUAUGCCACUUCCAGGCUGCAUGAUGAAGCAGAGAUUGUUUUCCAGGAGAUGCAAUCACACAGUCAAGUUCCCGACUCGACGACAUACCUUGCAUUGAUCAGAUCAUACUCAGAAAGUAGAUGCUGCUCCAAAGCUGAGAAAGCCAUCCAGAUGAUGUUGAGCAGCGGCAUAACCCCUUCAUGCCCUCAUUUUAGCCACCUCAUUUUUGCCUUUCUGAAGGCAGACCAGAUUGAUGAAGCACAGAGGAUCUGCAGCCAGAUGCAGGAGAUUGGUGUGGCUGUUGAUUUAGCAUGUUGCCGGGCAAUGAUGAGGGCGUACCUUGAGCACGGUCGCGUCGACGAGGGCAUAUCGCUCUUCGAGACAACAUGCGGGUCAUUGAAACCUGACAGCUUCAUCCUGAGCGCUGCAUUUCAUCUCUAUGAGCAUUCAGGCAGCGAGCCUGAAGCUGGGGAUGUGCUGGAAGCCAUCGGUCUACAUGGUGCCUCUUUUUUGAGAAAUCUAAAGGUUGGAUCAAAGUUGGAACCAACUUAAUAACGACCAUAUCAUGUGCCCAUCAAGAUAGCAACCAUCACAGGUAUCUUCCUUUUGCUUUUGCAUGUAUGUUCCCAUCAAGAUAGCAACCAUCACAGGUAUCUUCCUUUUGCAUGUAUGUUCUUCCACAAAUUUAUUUCCUACUGAUUUGUGUUACUACAUCCAGAUGAGCCCGUUGUUGUGUAUGUUGUUCUAGAUGAUCUUGUACUAGUUCAUAUGUACAUUAGGACACGUUUUGUACCAAGAUGUUGUAAAAUGUACAUUUCAGAAAAAUGUUUCCAAAACAGUGUAUGUUAUGAUAUAUAACUUCUCCAAAAUGUAUAACUUAAUGUUGUACUGAUCUGUUUGAUCAACUUUUUUCUCGAAUAUGCACGAGUGUGCAUAUCAUAUAUUAAAGAAGAAAGGCAAAGUAUGCCUCCACAGUUACAUUA